ACAAAGAGAAUGCUGACCGGAAAUGACUCCCUGGUGACUGAGUUUGUUCUGGCUGGAUUAACAGAUCUCCAGGAGCUUCAGCUUCCCCUCUUUCACCUGUUCCUAAUGAUCUACAUUGUCACCAUUGUGGGCAACUUUGGCUUGCUCACACUUAUUGCUCUCAAUUCUCACUUGCACACCCCUAUGUACUACUUCCUCUUCAACCUGUCCUUCAUUGAUCUCUGUUACUCUUCUGUUUUCAGCCCCAAAAUGUUGAUGAACUUUAUCUCCAAGAGGAAUGCCAUCUCCUAUGUGGGGUGCAUGACUCAGCUGUUCUUCUUUCUCUUUUUUGUCAUCUCUGAGUGCUACAUGUUGACCUCAAUGGCCUAUGAUCGUUAUGUGGCCAUCUGUAACCCAUUGCUGUAUAGGGUCACCAUGUCCCAGCAGGUCUGUUCUGCAUUGUCUCUUGCUGCCUAUGUGAUGGGAUUUGUUGGUGCCGCUGCCCACACGGGCUGCAUGCUUAGACUGACCUUCUGCAAUGCCAAUGUCAUCAACCAUUACUUGUGUGACAUACUCCCCCUCCUCCAACUUUCUUGCACCAGCACCUAUGUCAAUGAAGUAGUCGUUCUUGUUGUGGUGGGCAUUAAUAUCUCAGUCCCCAGCUUUACCAUAUUGACUUCUUACAUUUUCAUUCUCACCAGCAUUCUUCACAUCAAAUCCACUCAUGGAAGAUCAAAAGCCUUCAGUACCUGCAGCUCUCACAUCAUUGCUAUUUCUCUCUUUUUUGGAUCAGGUGCAUUCAUGUAUCUUAAAUAUUCUUCUCCUGGAUCUAUGGACCAGGGAAAAUUUUCUUCUGUUUUCUACACUAAUGUGGUUCCCAUGCUCAACCCUUUGAUCUACAGUUUGAGGAACAAGGAUGUCAAAGUUGCACUUAGGGAAGUCGUGAUUACAAUUAAAAAGAGAGACAAAUUGUAA